AUGAAGUUCUCAGCACCAGUUGCUACCCAGCUAUUCCUCCUUGGCGCGCAACACGUCCUCGCGAACACACCCGCUAAUGUACUUCAAGCCGCCAGCGAUAGCGAUAGCGACUACAUCACGUCGGUGUGCUCUUCCGCCAAGGCUCCCGACCAGACGGACCCAGCGCCGUGCAUAGCGAUCCAGGGAGCGCCCGUGAACGGAAAGGGUGUGAUCUUCGUAGCAGCAGUAGGCGUUCUCCAAUAG